AUGUCGCAGACAGACUCUUCAACACAUACCCUAAGCUCCUCAACCAUCCCUAGUACACUCUUGUUUCAGAAGUUUGUGAUAGCAGCAUCAUGCCAGUAUCAGCUGAUUAUAAUUAUUGCAGCAUCUUGCCACAAGGACACUGGAUUCAUUCUGCCCUGUCACAGCACUGAAACCAAGGAGCUGAAAGCCCAGCUCCAACUUCUGCUGGCUCACUUUGAUAUUGACUACAACCUUAAAGAUCUCAAGGACCCAGCUGAUGAGAUGAAGCUCUUUUAUUUGGUGGUCCAAAAAUUUAGGAGCAUCUUCUGCAAACAGCAGACAAUGAGAACAUUUCCAGAUUAUGACACAGAGAUUUCUAGAUUACAGAACUGGGGCAUGUCAGGUCCAACCAGGGCUUUGAAGAAGAGAGCCAACUGGAUCCCUUUUAUAAAGAUUAAGCCUAAAGUAGAUCCCUGGCAGCAAAAGCUUUUGAUAAAAAUGAAACAAUGGAAAAAAGUGGAUAAGAUGCUGAACGUUCUUUCAAAAUUUGUAGAGGUCUCAGACGUGGAGAAGGUGAUGGAGGGUCUCCAGGAUCAUGCAGCAGCCGUGCUCAAACCACAUCCUUUGUGGUCAGGUUCUGCCACUUGUUCUCAUGCCUCAGAACAGCAGAACUACGAUGACAUCUGGAAGGAAGUCUACGCCUUCACUGAACGUCACCAGGAACUAAAUACUGAGGGUGAUAACAAAGCUGUGGCUUGCAGUGAGGAAGGUGUAGGAGACAGCAGCUCCAGAAAGCUUCCAGGAUCCUACAGAAAGAAGAAUGAAAGAGGGUAUGGUUACAUGAGCACCUGGCAGCUCCUGGGACUGGAAGAAGGACCAGCAAUUGCCAACAAGGAAGACGUGGUGACAAGAGGAACCUAUCUUUCCUUUCUUCUCCUACGUCACUUGAGGCUCCGAGAGCUAAAGAGAGUGUGCCUGGGAAUCCUGAACUACUUCAGAUCUGUGGAGAGAAGCCUUACUAUCAGUACUGCAGGCCUCAACCUCAAGGCUGGUUGUCUGAUUCCCAGUGCAGAAGACACCUCCUGGAUCAGUGCUGCCAAAGGAGGCACUGGUGCUUCUGGUGGCUUACACUCUCAGCCCUAUGUUCACUACACACCAGCUGACUACAAGGUUCACAGCGCUCAGUUCAUGGAGUUUGCAGAUGUGGAAAACCAUGAUGACUUUCACACUUGUGAAGAUGGAUAUAUCCACUCACAGGACCAGCAUGGGACUUACAUCAUAUAUGAUGUGGCACUGGAGGACCUAAAGGAGCUUGAAAACAAGCUGCUGCUUGUGGCCAGCCAGUACAUCGAGAAAGAUAAAAGCAGUGUAACUUGUGGGAAAUCCAGUGGCAGCAAUAUUGUUGAGUGGGCACAUGCCUUUGUGGAUCGGUUUGCAGUGUUGUUUGACCUUUGGACCUGUGAAACUGCUCUCUUGGAAAAAAAAUGCCAGCUUCUAGAUGUUUACUUAGAGGCCUACCAACAUGCUUUGGACCCAGAGGAAAGAUUUGCUUUGGCCCAAGCAAUAACUGACAUCAUGCAUAAACAUCCACGGUUUGAUCUUGAGCUUGAAUAUUUUGUGAACAUCUACAGAGAUGAAUGCAUCUGUUUACAACUUCAAGCCCAGCUGCUGAGGGACAUAGUAAACCAACAAAUAGAUGUCCAGAGGGAAUACGUCCCCAAGAUUUGGCAGAGAGGUCAGAAAGGUGGCAUCAAUGAAUUUGGACUUCCUCCUAAUGUGAUCACUAAGCAACUUGUCUCUCUUAACACUAGCUGUGCUGCUUCGAAGAAUAUUUAUUUGCUGGAGUUUCAUCCUUCUCUUGGUCUGGUGUGCUCGAUCCCCAAGGCUCUGGAGUGUAUCUAUCAGGAGUUCUACAGCAUCUCUAGACCCAAAACAGCCAGUAGAGCAAUUAAGCUAGAAAAAAAAGUGCUUCAACUGAUACUUGAUGAAUGGCUGACUAUGGAAAAACCAGAAUCUUUCUACAGCUCUCAGAUUCAAAAAGAUUUGUUUGCAGAGAUACUCAUAGAGGACCCUGUGCUGGUACAAGACAUUGCUUUGUCACUAUUAGAGGAGAGAGCAGAUGAAGAAAGAAAAGAAGGGAGAGAAAGGCAACUCUUUAUCCUGGAUUCAUUCUCUUUGCUCCUGGAACUGAUCACGCUCCGGCAUCGGUUGAUUGAGGUGGCAACAGAGAGCUCACAGUUAGCCAGCUUAUAUAAGGCUUUUGCAAUGGAAGCAGGUUUUGGGGAGUUCCAUUUGUAUCUGAGGCCAGUGCAAUUUGAAUCUGCUCUUCACAGGGAGAAAGCAGACCAUCUGCCACCGACAUUUAUUACCUCUCUCCUGGAAGAUGACAGCUGUGUUGACAGAUAUAUUCCAAGUAGCUUACCAUUAAGCAUUCAAGAGAUCGACACUCACGUUGGAAAAUUUAGUUUCAGGACAAGACAUGGUGUUAUGCAGCUCUUGUGUCCAUCUGGAAUAAAGAACAUGCAACUUAUCCUUGCCUGCCAGGUCAUUCAGAAAAAUGCUCUUUUGGCAGCUGUUCAGCAAGCGUCCUUUUGUUACCUGGUCCAGUUUACCCAUUCCCUGGACAUAAAGGAAGGAAAUGUAAGUCUAACAAGUCAGAGCAGUUCAGCUAGUGGAAAAAAUUCUGUAUCUGGAAGCCAAACAGAGGAUCAGCUUCUGCCAGCAACCAUGCCAGCCACAUCAUUUUCUCCUGGGCGUUCUUCAUAUUUGCACCGAGCCUUUCACAGGCCUCCAGAAGCUUUUGUUUCCAUUCAGCUGGAGAAACAAGGGCCCCGAGAUAUGAUGCUGAACACUUUCAUCCGUAAGAAAGAAAUGCUGGGCAGCAGAAUGCAAAACCCUGAUGAAAUUCUGCAACUGAAAAGAGACAUUAUUGCUGAAUAUUGCCUUAAGAUGAAUCAGCGUGUGUCCCAGCACGCCCUGCGAGGUCAGCUCAUUGCGUUCUACAAUAGCCUAAGAAGCCUCUUAGAUGAUUUCCCUGUUGUCAGAGACAAGUACUUUAUAAUUGGACUCUCUCAAGGAAGAAAAGAGCAAGAGUCAAAGGAAAACUUUGCAGCUGAUCCCAGAUUCUUCCAUCCUCGACCACACUAUUUGCUGUCCCCAGAUGGAUGCACCUUCCUUAAUUUGUGGUUCAUCCCUCACCCUACUGAAGUGCUGAUUAUGUUCAAGAUGCUUUCAGAGAAGGCUGCUCUCAAAGCUCUCCGCCUAAGCCUGCAAAUUGUUGGUGCAUUUCAUGAUGUCGUUGCCUAUCUCCUGGCUUUUGCUCAGUUAGGAAAUUCACCAAGCUCUUUUUGUGCCUUAAACCCAGAGCCUCUGACUCCAGACUGGGGAGGGAUUGGAAGGAUUGGGACUGAACUGCAAGAGAUACAGAGAAUGAUUGACAGCCUCAAGAAUCCUCAGGAUCCCAGCGAAGUAGCCCAGCUGCUAGCUGCUCACAGAGAUGUAAUGUUUCUACAGUUUGAUGCAGCAAUCAGGCAUCGACUACGGGAGACAUUUUUGUCCUCUGGGAAUGUUUCAGCCUACCAGAGUAUUACAGACAGGAUAUACCAUGCACUACCUCCACUGAGUAACUCUGUGAUUCCAAGUGUGUUUGCUGCACAGCUGAGGCUCCCACAGCUGCUGGAUGUUCAGAGCUGCAGAACACUCAUGCUUUUUCCUUGGAGGACAUUCCUAAUGGAUGAAGGAUUGUUUCCAGUCACUGUCAACAACACAAUUUAUUUAAAUUACAACAUGCAGUUAUGCCUGUGCAACCUGAAUGAUGCAGACCGGAGUGUUGCUCAUGGGGAGCUAGCUGCCAUGCAGUUUCUAAUGGAGGAUGUCCUGCAGAACCAUGAUGACUCUGCUGUGGAUGAUCAUGCUGAUUGUCAAGCCUCGUUAGCUAACAGUAAGCAGCAGAACUCAGAACAGAUGACUCACCCAAGUGCUAACUGGUUGCAGAGCAGCAAAAAGAUGUGCAAACUUCUGCUGAGGCAUCAUGAUCCAGUUACAUCAUGUAACUUGCUAAGGUCUUUUCUGGUGCUAUGGAAACAACUGGAAAUAUUAAAGGCAGAAUGGGGCCGGCUCAAGCUGAGGACUGAGGAGAUCAAUACAGUUCCUCUCUACAAAGAGUUCUGUGAGCGAUAUGGCACAGAAAUUCUGCACCCAGCCAUGAAAGCCAUGACCAGGCAAAUGGGCAUUGAGGAGGACUUCAGAGAGCCUGUCACAAGCACUCAGCAUGUACUUCCCCCAAGAGGAGUAUCAGAAACUGAAAUGAAAGUGUAUCAGCUUCAAAAACUUCUGGAAGGCCUGGAAAUCCACAUGAUCCAUGAUGUGCAGAAAAAGAUUAAGCAGGAGAUGACUCUAGUGAUAUCUGAAAGAACCAGACAAGAGAGCAGCCUCCCUACUGAGCUCUGGAGACACAGAGUAAUGAAAGAAAAUUUCUCUGUUGUACGACCACAGAUAGUUGAAACAUUUGUUCAAAGGCUGAUGGAAAACUAUGAAGGAUCAGAUACAGAGGUUACUUUUAAGAGAAACCACUUACAACAGUGUCUUACUGUGCUGGGCUGUGACAUCAUGGCCAGAGAACGCAGCAACUUUGAGACCUACUCCAUGUUUUAUGAAAAUAUCCUCCAGCAGCUGCACCGUCUACUUUACCAAAAAGAGCAAGAGCUGCAUGCUGUGGAAGAUGGUGGCAACCAAAAUGAUAUGUCUCUGACACAGAUUGCCAGGCUGAGUCAUGGGAUGAUUAUGGAAAUAACUGCUCUCAGAGCCCAGCUCGCUGACUUGGAGGAUGAAAAUGCUGGUCUCAAAGAGAAGAUUAGAAAAGAAGUACGGGAUGAAUAUGAAUCAUUAGUGCGGAACCUAUUUGGGACAUGUGUCCAUCUAAAAGGAAAGUUGGAUGUCUAUCGACUUAGCAUUGAGCAACGAGUGCUUGAAAUCAUCAGUGAAGUGAGAAGGGAAGGAGCUGACAAUAUGAUUGAUCUGAAGAAAAAGUUUGGAUCUCCUGAAACUAAUGAUGACUUGGAAGAACAGUUGUCUAAAGAACAGCUGCAGCUCUUGCAGGAUGAAAAUAUCAGCCUAAGCAAGCUGGUGUGCAAGCUGAGGACUCUGAGCUGCUGGAAACACACCACUCAGAAAGCACAGCUCUCUGCAAAGCUGAGAAACGCUGAGAAGGGAGCUCUUCAAAACAAAAAAGAGUGUCUUAAUGCAAAGAUGAUGGCAGAACAAGAGGUGACUUCAUUGCAGGGUCAGCUCACAUCUGCGAGGAAAGCUCUUGAAAAAUCUCAAGCAGAAAAUGACAAGCUAAAGGAGCAGCUGCAUAAGCAGAAACAAAUGCUGUUGGAACAUCAGAAGACACAAGAAGCCAGGAAAAGACAAAUUCUCAGCGUGGUGAAAGCUCAAAACAUGGAGAAAGUGCUUGAAGAGAUGGAAGAGAAAGAGCAGAAACUGAAAUGCCUGGUGAAGGAAGCUGAAAAGCCUUCUAAAACAGGACUACUUCAACAAAAAAGGGCCAAAACAGCUAGGCAGCAGGUAAGAAGCCAGUUAACCCAAGAGUUCAGCUUAAACAUGGAGGCCUUCCAGAACAUUGAUGAACUGCCAUGUCAAGUUUAUGACCUGGAAGCUGCAGUUUCCCAGAGGAACGUGACUGCAGGUUCUGCAGCUCAGGUCCGGAAUAACAAGACUGCAGCAUUCACUCAGCUUGAGGAUUAUAAGCAGGAGCCUUUGAAUCCUGAUCCAAGAAACAGCACCGUUAAAAGAAGAAGCACUCAAAGACCGAAGACAGUACCUAGCAGAUGGAAGCAGAGUAUGGCAGAUAGGCUGUUGCCACACCUCAAUGAAAAAUCUCUUCCUACUGUCUUCGCACAGCUACAGGAACACAGGCUGGUCUGGAAGUAAACCUAGUUGUAUUUUCAGUCAGCCCAGGGCAUUUUAGAAAUUACUGCUGAGUUGGCAGUGUUAAAGAGAAGUACAAUUUAUACACAAAUCAAAGGGAGGCAGCAGCUCCCCAGUGCUGUGCACGUAUACUUCAAUACCAUAGAAUGGCCAACCACCAGACCAGGUUGCCUAGAGCCACAUCCAGCCUGGCCUUGAAUGCCUUCAGGGAUGGGGC